AUGCCUUCGACUUUCGACCAAAUCGACAGCUAUCCUCGUCCAGGCAAGACCGCCAUCGUCACUGGCGGCUCUUCUGGCCUUGGACGCACUAGUGCGGUUGCCCUUGCCCGCGCCGGCUGGAACGUCACCGUUACAGGUCGACGAGAGACCGAGCUGCAAGAGACGGUUGUACUUCUCAACAAGGCUGCCGGUCGCGAAGAUGCCGGUUUCUACGUCUCUGGAGACAUCACCAAAGAGGAUGUGGUUCUCCGAGUCUUCAAGGAGACGGCUGAAAAGUUUGGCCGCGUCGAUCUUGUCUUCUGCAACGCCGGCAUCUCGCCUCCCAACGUACCCUUGGCGGAACAAAAGCUUUCCGAUUGGCAAGCUACGGUUGACGUGAACCUGACCGCUCCCUACCUCUGCGCACGCGAGGCAUUCCGAUACAUGGAGAAACAGCAGCCUCAGGGUGGACGCAUCAUCAUCAACGGCAGCGUCAGCGCCUACGCUCCACGACCUUUCUCGUCGCCUUACACGGCGACAAAGACGGCCAUGACCGGUCUCACCAAGUCGCUGUCGCUCGACGGACGAAAGUUCAACAUAGCGGUGACUCAGAUCGACGUUGGCAACGCAGCUUCCGAGAUGACGGCCAAGAUGAAGUCUGGCCCAGGCGUUCCUCAGGCCGACGGAUCUAUGCGCCAUGAGCCCACCAUGGACCGCGAAUGGGUCGGAAAGGAGAUCGUCCAUGUUGCAGAAAUGCCUCUUAGUGUCAAUGUUGCCAACGUCGUCAUCCAGGCCACAAACAUGCCAAGCCAUGUGGGCCGUGGUUGA